GAGCCGUGUAAACGGCGCACCUUGGCUAGGCACCCGAAGCCCGGCGCGCACGGGUUUCGCGGUGUCAUAACAAGCCUUUUCUUAGACAGGCCCGGAUUACUCGCUUAAUGCCGUGGAUUUAUCCUGUCAUCUUCGCAGUGAACAAGCAUGCAUAGAAUCGGCGUGGCUGCGCGUGAAUUAUGGACAGACAAAUAUCAGAAUUGCAUUUGAACCAGGGCGGAUUGGCGCUGUGGGGGUCUUUUGGGGCGCUCCUGUUCCUCCUGACGUUCGGCCCCUUCGCUGUGUUUUACCUCCCCCUCUACCUCUGCUGCUUCAUCACCGGAGGGCUUGCUGUCACGCUUUUAUUUGGGAAGACGAGCUCGGAGAAGCACCUGGAAAGGUGCCUGCAGUCCUUCCUGCCCUCUACACAGCCGGGAAUACGCAAGGUUGUGGAGGAGAUGAAGGCGGAGUCCAGUACCAUAAAGAUUGACAGAAGACUGACGGGAUCCAGUGUCAUUGAUGAGCCAUUACAGCAGGUGAUCCAGUUUGCUCUCCGGGAUUAUAUCCAGUACUGGUACUACACUCUGGGCAACGAUGAGAACUUCCUGCUGGAGAUCCAGCAGACUGUGCAGACUGCCCUGGUCCAGCUUUCAGCACGGUCCAAAGAGGUGGACUGGCAGACGUACUUCACCACGCGGCUGGUGGACGACUUCGCCGCUCACCUGCGCGUGUUCCGCAAGGCCCAGGUGUGGCUCGGCGAGAAGGAGGACAGCCAACGUGAGGCCCCAGAGGACCUGCUGGAUGCAUUUUUUCAGGCGGAGGUGGAGAUGGAGAGGAAGAUCUGUAGAGAUGUGGUGUGCACUGUUCGUAAAGAGGAGGAAGGCUUCCUCAGGGAUCUGUGUGAGGUGCUGCUUUACCUGUUACUGCCCCCAGAGGACUUCCACAAUAAGAGCAUGAGAUACUUCAUCAGGGAAGUACUUGCACGGGGAGUUCUGCUGCCUCUGGUCAGCCAACUGAGUGAUCCAGACUAUAUCAAUCAGCUAGUGAUAUGGAUGAUCGGAGACUCCAGCUGUAAUCACGAAGCCUUCAUGUCCAUCCUGAAGCUGACGGACUGGCCGGCCGAGCUGGAGGCUGUGAGAGACAAAGUGCUGGAGGAGCUGCAGUACCUGAGAUCCCUGGAUACAGCUGGAGACGACAUCAACAUGAUCAAGAACCAGAUCAACAGCUUGCUGUUCGUUAAAAAGGUCUGCGAGGCUCGCAUUCAGAGGCUCCAUUCAGGAAAGGAUGUGGACUCGCUCAAGCUUGCUGCUAACUUGGGGAAGCUGUGCGUCAUUCCACUGGAGCACAUUCUGGUGCACAACAUCGCCCUGCACUUCUUCAUGGACUUCAUGCAGCAGGUGGGGGGGCAGGCGGACCUGUUCUUCUGGCUGACGGUGGAGGGCUACCGUGUCACUGCGCAGCAGCAGCUGCAGGUGCUGCAGGUGGACGGCAGAAAGCGGAGCGGGCAAACCAGAGGGCUGCUCAGGGCCUCCGCGCAGGGCGUGUACGAGCAGUACCUCUCUGAGCAGGCGUCUCUGCAGGUGCAGGUGCAGCAGGAGUCAGUGCAGAAGCUGGCGCAGAAGCUGCAGACGGAGGAAGUCACGCCCGAGAUCUUCAAUGACAUUCAGAGGAAGGUGUUCGAGCGCAUGCUAACAGACGAGCGGUUCUACCCUGCGUUCAGGCAGAGCGCGCUGUACGUGCGCAUGCUCGCCGAGCUGGACAUGCUGAAGGAGCCGAGCUACCGUGGCUCUGACGACGGUGACGCAGAAUCGUUCAAUGGGUCCCCAACAGGAAGUUUAAACCUGUGCUUAGAUGACCUCUCUAAUUCCAGCUUUGAUGAGUCCCUGCAGCUCUGUGCCUUCAUAUCAGACACCGGUGUGUGUAAUGACCACGGGAAGACAUACGCUCUCUACGCCAUCACUGUGUUCCGGACGAAUCUGGACGGCAGCGAGGACUCCUGGAAGACCUACCGUCGCUAUAGCGACUUCCACGACUUUCACAUGCGCAUCACACAGCAGUUUGAGAGCCUUGGUGCCAUACUGAAGUUGCCUGGGAAGAAAACCUUUAACAACAUGGACAGAGACUUUCUGGACAGGAGAUGGAAGGACCUCAAUACUUAUCUACAGCUCCUGUUAAACCCAGAGAUGGUGAAGUCAUGUCCGAGUCUGACUCCUUACAUAAAUGAUUUCCUGGAGAACAAGGCUUACAGCAAAGGGAAAGGCGACUUUGCCCGCAAGAUGGAUACCUUAGUGAACCCCCUGCGCACCUCUAUGAGGAGUGUGUCCCAUGUGAUGAAGUCUUUACCGGACAGCCUGGCCGAGGGGGUGACCAAAAUGUCCGACAACAUGGGGCGCGUGUCAGGGAGGCUGGGCCAGGACAUCAAGCAUUCCAUAUUCAAGGUGCCCCCUCUCAUCCCAAAGACUGGCAUCGACCCAGAGCACUGCCGCAUGUCAGCACAGCUGGACGACAACGUGGACGAGAACAUUCCCUUGCGUGUGCUGCUGCUGUUGAUGGAUGAGGUCUUUGAUCUGAGGGAGAGGAACCAGUGGCUGAGGAGGAACAUCAAGAACCUGCUGCAGCAGCUCAUCCGAGCCGCGUAUGGAGACACCAUCAACAGGAAAAUUGUGGAUCAUGUGGACUUCAUGACUUCUCCAGAGCAGGUAGCAGACUAUGUGAAGCACUUCAGGGAUUCAUUCUGGCCGAACGGGAUCCUGGCAGAGACUCCGCCCCUCAGAGACAAAAACGUUCGAAUGAGAACCAGAGUGGCAGCAAAGACUAAACUGCUGGGCGUGAUGCCAGACGAGCUGAAGCACAUGGUGGGGGCGGAGACGGCUCGGCGGGGCGUUCUGCGCGUGUUUGACGUGUUCCAGCACCAGCAGCUGAACCGCAGGCUGGUGUAUGUGCUGCUGGAGGGGCUGCUGGAGUGCACCUUCCCCCAGUGCAGGCUGCCCGAGCUCCUCACCAAACUGCACUCCCGCUCCCCCAGGACUGCCGGCCACGCCCACAAGAGGUGACACUGCGGCGCCGCGCCCCCCCAAGCCCUGCCCAUCCGGCCACGCCCAUAAGAGGUGACACUUCAGCACCGUGUCCCCCCAGGCCCCACCCACCCUGCCCUGCCCAGACACGCCCCCCAGGCCCCACCCACCCUGCCCUGCCUGGACA